AUUAGAAAUACAUUGAAUGGUUCAUUUUUCAUUAAAUAAUAUACAUAAUAUAUUUUUGUCAAUUCAACGUUUUUGGUCACACAGGCAGUACUCAACCUUGACGGCCAUGAUGGCAGCUCCCCGAUUCGGAAACUUCGUGCGCCAGUUCAGUUGCUCUGCAGUUGCUCAGGGUAAACUAGCACAGGCACCUGUACAGAUCUUUGGCAUCGAGGGACGCUAUGCCCAUGCGGUGUACUCAGCCGCAUCCAAAGAAAAUAAGAUUGAUCAACUAGAAAAAGAAUUCAAUAAAUUUAGGACACUAUUGAAAGAUCAGCCCAAGCUUCUAGAAGUCAUGAAAAACCCAACUCUCAAGAGAGGAUUAAAAAGAGAUACCGUAGAAAAAGUCCUGAAGGCUGAAAAAUUUUCACCUCUAACAACAAAUCUUUUCAUUGCCAUGGCUGACAAUGGGAGACUGAAGAAGGCCCCUGCUGUAAUGGAUGCUUUUGACACAAUCAUGAGUGCAGUCAGAGGAGAGGUUACAUGUACAGUCACCACAGCAAAGGCAUUAGAUGCAGCCAGUGAAAAAGCUCUUCGAGCUGCUUUGAAUGGCUUUGCCAAGCAAGGAGAGAAAAUACAGUUGACGCUUGAUGUUGACCCAACUUUGAUUGGAGGAAUGGUCGUGAAAAUUGGCGAUAAAUUUGUAGAUAUGUCUAUGGCAUCCAAGAUUACAACAUAUACCAACCUAAUCAAGCAAGCCGUUUAACGUAGGACACUCUUAGGAAUAAUGCAUAUAUCUAGUGAUGAGGAUAGUUCUGAAUUAAAGGAUGAUAAGCCUAUGGACUGGUUGUUAUCAGUUUUGAGAAAGUUAAAAUUUAGGACAUUGAUUGAAAAAAUAAGUUGAUUUUAAGACGAUGAACUACUUUUGCGUUACAAGAAUCCUCUAAAAUGAGUUAGUGAGUGAAUUGUAGUGUGUUUGCCAAAUGCCAAUUUUGUACAGUACAAAGCCAUUAUUGGUAGAAAUAAAUUAAUACACAUUCUUAAACAUAUAAUA